AUGCGUGCAUCGUACCUACCAGCUGUAGCAAUGCUCUGUGUAUUGGCUCGUGGCGAUGUCUCUGUAGCAGCAUCGGAACACGGGACGACGUUGACGUCUGACGUGACUUCGUCGAUCUUGCCUCGCCGCCUGCUUCGCACGGAUGUCACCACUCCGGAGAUCAGCAGCGUACCAGUAGAAGGAACCCCAACCUUGGCAUACAACGCUACACAAGCAAAGGGAGGAGGCGCCGACGACAGCAGUGACGACAGCGAUGACAUCGGCAAGGAUGGCGAGAACGACAGCAGUGAAAUUGGCAAGGAGGAAAAGGACGACAGCAGCGACGACCCUUUGAAGAGCGGAAAAGCUUGUUUCUAA